AUGGCUUCUUUCGUCUCUCCGUCUUCCUCUUCCUCGAUCGCCGGUCUCCUCCUGUUCGUCAUCGCGUCGUUCCUUCAAGGGCUGGUGGCGGCAGCCGGCGUGACGUUCACCUUCACGAACCGCUGCGGCGGCACGGUGUGGCCGGGGGUGCUGGCCAACUCGGGAAGGGCGCCGCUGGAGACGACGGGGUUCGCGCUGGGCCCCGGGGAGGCGCGGUCGCUGGCGGCGCCGGCGGGGUGGUCGGGACGGUUCUGGGCGCGCACGGGGUGCGCCUUCGACGGCACCUCGGGCGGCAAGUGCGCGACGGGCGACUGCGGCAGCGGCGAGGCGGAGUGCCACGGCUCCGGCGCGACGCCCCCCGCCACGCUCGUGGAGUUCACCCUCGGCGGCGGCGGCAAGGAGGACUACUACGACGUGAGCCUGGUGGACGGGUACAACGUGCCGGUCGUCGUGGAGCCGUCCGCGGCGGGGUGCCCGGCCACGGGGUGCCUCGUGGACCUCAACGAGCGGUGCCCGCCGGAGCUCCGGGCCGCGGAGGGGUGCCGGAGCGCGUGCGAGGCGUUCGACCGGCCGGAGUACUGCUGCAGCGGCGCGUUCGGCGGGCCGGACACCUGCCGCCCGUCCGCCUACUCGCAGGCCUUCAAGGCGGCCUGCCCGCGCGCCUACAGCUACGCCUACGACGACGCCACCUCCACCUUCACCUGCGCCGGGUCCGCCGCCUACUCCGUCACCUUCUGCCCCCGCGCCGGCACCUCCAGCAGCAGCCUCAAGUCAAGCAACGACCCGUUGCCGAGGCCGGGCGACGUGGUCGCCGGCGCGCAGGUUGCGGCGGACACAUGGCUGGCAAGCCUGGCGACCGGCGAGAGCGACGCCGCCGCGGACAGGACGGCGGCGGCGGCGGCGCUCCGGGCCGCGCUGGCGGCGGCGGCCGUGGCCUUGCUUGUGUCGUCACUCUAG